CUUGGACCGGACCUCCACCGUCGCGGGGCAUGAUUUUCCACGGUUCCACCACGAACAACGAUGCCAGAGCCUUCUGUGUCAAAGCAAGCGCAGGGACUGCCGGAACCCAAGGCUCGUGGUGCUAAUCGCUCGACAAAAGUAGCUGGAAAGCUUAAAGUGCUGCCGGAACAACCUGAAUCUAUCGUCGUCGUUGGACAUGUUUUGCCCAAAGCGGAGGAGAGCGUUGGAACCACCGGGGAUAGUGAUGAAGGUGAUAUCGAGUCGGAUUCCAGUGAACCGGGAGAAGUAGAGGUAUACAACCAGAUAUCCCUCAUUCCUGCUGGUACCGCACGACGAGACGCUCAACGAUUGACCAAGAAGAAAGCCAAAUCGCUUCCCCGAGUCACUGCUUACGCGACGGCAAACUCUUACCGCAUGGGCGACCUGAUGAAAUUUCUAAGCGCCCGCAAAGCCGCCUACCAUACGGACGCAAAACUGAUCGACGAAGUUAUUUACACACCUUACCUGUACCAACCGGCUCAGUCUACCGAUACCCGACAGUCCACAGCCAGGGCUCAGGCGCUUCCUGAAGGUGAUCUUCUUGGGAUACCCGAGUUGCGGCCAGGCGAUGAACAACCAACGAGGCAAAAGAAGAGAAAGUUUGACGCGGCGUCCACGGAGGCUGAGAUAUUUCUCUUCGAGUAUGGGACAGUCGUUAUUUGGGGUAUGACUGAAGCUCAAGAAAAACGCUUCUUGUCUUCACUGAAACGCUUCGAGGUCGAAAAACUAGCGCCGGAAGACGUUGAAAUGGAGGACCUCAAUUAUUAUUACGCUAAUUACAGCAGAAUUUAUAAUGAUGUGAUUACUCUUCGCAAGGGUUCAAGCUAUAUGACGAAGCUAUCACUUUCCCAUGCACUAUCACAGAGCGUCAAAUGCUCUCUUUUUGAAGCGCUGAUAAGCAGUACUAUUGAAGACACGAAGGACAUUCCAGAAAUCAUCAGCGAGACGGGAAAGAUUGGAAUGCCUCAUAAGGAAAUCAUGCAGAACAUCGGUCAGCUGUUUUUGCUGCGCACUAACAUCAACUCUGUGGGUUCCGUUUUGGAUUCUCCGGAAGUAUUCUGGAGCUUUCCCGACCUACAGCCACUGUAUGAUGCCGCGAGAAGUUACCUGGAGAUACCACAACGUGUUAUUUUAUUGAAUUCCCGGGUCGAGGUGCUUCAAGACAUGCUCCAGCUGCUCAAAGAGUCCGUAUCAAGUCGACACGCCGAACGUCUUGAACAAGUUGUUAUCGUUUUAAUUGCCAUUGAAAUCGUCCUUGGCAUCGUGACGAUCCUCGUGGAUUUGAUUCUGUGAUUGGACCAGGGGCUAUACCUAACCGCCCUACUUGGGUUUCCCCACAAACGUGUCUUUCUGUUUUGCGCAGUAGUCACACCCCCAACGAAGCCUUCUGGGAGCAUAUGGUAUUGUUCCGACAAUUGUUAUACCCAACGAUUCGCAAAUAAUCUUUCAUGGUAUUCGUAUUUUCAUACUAUCCACAUGUUUGGCUCUAAAAUGUAUUACAAACUACGGUAUUUACAAACUUACAUGGUAUUCUAUGAAUAACUUAC